AUGUUUGAUCACGAAAAAAUGAUUAUUGAAAUUGAGUCGAGUCCAUGCUUAUGGGAUGUCGGGUCAAAAGAGUAUAGCGACAAACAUUUAAGGGCCUUUUCUUGGAAUUCAGUCGCUGAAGCCAUGAAUGCCGAUUGGAAUGAGCUCUUGCCAUCACAAAAAGAUGAAAGAGCUAUAAUCCUGUAUUUAACUGUACCAGCAUUGUUUCUAUCAUUUUUCAUUGCUCAGGUCUAUACUAUAUUAGAGUUAUUAUGGACAUUCAGUAUUGUUUUGGAAUCAGUAGCAAUUGUACCGCAAUUGCUUAUGUUGUCAAGAACUAGCAAAGACAAAUCUAUUAUUUCACACUAUUUAUUUGCUAUGGGCUCUUACAAAGCAUUGUAUAUACUUAAUUGGAUUUACCGUUAUAAAGAAAGCAAUUUCUACGACCCGAUUGUAGUUGUUGCUGGAAUUGUGGAAACCAUCAUCACAUUUUGUGGUUACUUGUCAAUCUUCAUAGAACCUAAAGCUAAAAGUGGACCAAUCCGAGUAGUUGUAACAGAUGCUGCUGGUGAACUUGCCUACUCUUUGAUAUUCAAGAUUGCUAAUGGCGAAGUAUUUGGAACUCAACAAGUAAUUUUACAUCUUAUAGACGAACCUUCUGCAAUGGAAGUUCUUGAAGGUGUAUGCAUGGAAAUUGAUGAUCUAGCUUUACCUUUAGUCAAAGGUUAUGUGAAAACAAGCAAGUUAGAAGUAGCAUUUAAAAAUGUAGAUGCUGCUUUUUUGUUGGGUACAAUGCCAAAUAGUGAAAGUAAAGAAAAAAAAGACUUUCUGUCAUCUAAUGUAAAGACAUUCAAAUUAUUAGGUGAAGCUUUAGACAAAUUUGCAAGUAAAGAUGUUAAAGUUUUGGUGGUUGCAAAUCCAGCAAACACUAAUGCCUUAAUAUGCUCUUUAAAUGCUCCUACCAUACCCAAGGAGAACUUUACUGCUAUGACCAGACUUGAUCAAAACCGAGCCCAAUCUGCUAUUGCUAUAUAUCUUGGACUAUGUGUGAGCAAUAUAAAAAAUGUUACGAUUUGGGGUAAUCAAUCAUCAACUCAUUUCCCAGAUGUAUUCAAUGCAUCAGUGCAAUCAUGUGAUAGCUCAACAAGUGUAUAUGAUGCCAUAAAGAAUACAAAAUGGCUUGAAGAUGAUUUUAUUAAGAUUAUUCAAAGUAGGGAAGCAGCUGUCAUUCAAGCUAGAAAAAAGUUGUCUGCUAUGUCUGCUGCAAAAGCAGCUGUUGAUCACAUGCAUGACUGGUGGUUUGGAACUGCUGAUGGGACCUGGGUUUCAAUGGGAAUUAUAUCUGAUGGUUCAUAUGGUGUGCCAAAAGAUUUGUUUUACUCUAUGCCAGUAAUGAUUUAUAAAAAACAAUGGACAAUUGUGCAGGGUCUGAAAAUAACUAGUUUUGCAAAGAACAAAUUAGAUUUGGCUGCUAAAGAACUGAUCUAUGAAAAAGAAGAGGCUUUGGAAGUUUGCAAUCCCUGUUGUGUGCUACUUUUGCCAGACUGUAAAACCUGA